AUGUCCAAAAUAUUAAGGUCUAAAUUAUAUAUUAUCUAUGCGAUAGCUGCACUUCUCUACGUCACUCUCUUAUGGUCAAUACCUACAAAAACGUCGACUAAUGAACUCAAUGAGCCUAACGAUAGCUUGAUUGUAGCAAACACCACAUUAUUAAUAGAAAAACUUAAAAAAAAACCUACAAGCCUUAUAGAAUGGAAACAAAGUCAUUACAUAACCCGAUAUCUCAAUGGCGAUAAGAAAGUGAUAAUCUAUAUAAUUGGGGGAAAUUGGUAUCCCAAUGAAGAUUUUAAAAGACUCACAUAUAAACAUGAUGAAACCUUAGAAUAUUGUGACAUACCAUGUAUCUGGAAACAAGGAAGUUUAGAAAGCUUAUCUUCCACAGAGCUUGAAUCGAUUGAUGGCCUUUUUAAUGUUGAUUUUACUUAUGCACCCGAAAAAAAAGCUUGGAAAGGGCAAAGGCUCAUAAAGCUUACUUUAGAGUCACCAUCUCAAUGUCAACAUUGUCACUAUUCUGAUGAAUCCUUUGAUAUCUAUUCUUCAUAUGAUGAAGAUUCGGAUGUACCCACAAGUUAUAUUCGAACUGAUCCUGAAAUAUUUCGAUCAGUACAACCAUUUAACGUAUCAAAACUCUCCCAAAAUUCUACUCUUAUCUCGUUUAUCGCUUCUCACUCAACUGAUUUCAGAUCAACUUUUGUUCCAUCCCUUCAAAACCAUAUGCCUGUUGCUUCUUUUGGUUCUGUCCUAAAGAACUCCCGAUGGGAACUUUAUCCUGAAUGUCUGAACUUGUGGAAAUUUGAUACAAAAAAUUGCGUAAUCUCUAAUUAUCCUUUUUAUCUAUCAAUUGAAAAUUGUCAAGAAAAAGAUUACUCUACCGAAAAGCUUUGGGAUGUUUUUCAAUUAGGAAUUAUACCUGUUAUAUGGGGUGAUCCUAAUGUUCGUUCAUAUUUACCACAUCCUAAAUCUGCUAUCCUUAUUGAUGACUUUCCGGACGCUGAAUCUCUCGCAAAUCAUUUAAAAUAUUUGGCUAGUAAUGAGACGGCAUAUUUAGAAUAUCAUGAGUGGCGGACUAUGAAAUUUUCGGAUAAAUUUGAAGAAAAGGCAUAUAUGAGUAUGCGUAAUAUGGAAUGUAAUAUUUGUAAAGAAGUUGCUAGAUUAAGGAUUUUAGAUGGAUUAGUUUAA